UUUUCAGCUUUUUAGACCUCCCCCAGCUAAUUCCCUGCAGAGGGUUGACCUUCCGUACGGCGUGCAUGUUGCACCAUCACAUGUCCGAAACACUUACCGGUGUAUAGUUUACAAUGUCCCAUCCACCUACUUUUCGUGUUAUUUUACCUCCCGUCUGUAACUUGCAAUUUCACUGUGUAAAGUUAACACAACAGUCAUAGCCGCUAGUUUCGCAUUUUACUUCUGAUUCUCAUGUACCUAACAUAUGGGGCCUACAUAUUGCAUAUCAAUUUCAACAACAGACAUCCCUCUAACUAAUGAUAACCAUUAAAAAUCGUUUCAUGAAUUUUAACCUUCAAGUACAGCAACUCUCAAUUUUACAGAAAUAUUGAUCGGGUGCUUUAUCCGAAACUGUCCCUGGCUAUCUCAGGUGUGCAUUUUGUUAUUUCAAUCGGGCUCGGUAUUAAAGAUAAGGGUCAAAUCUCAAAUGUUUGAUGAUAAUGUAAAUAUUUUGUACGGUGUUUAUACCGUACAAAUUCUGUGAUUUCUGUCAAUGACCAGAUUAUGGCCGAUGCUAACCCCCUACUGGACACGGAGAAGCUCUCUGCUGGCGAGCCUUUCCCUGACUUUCUUCGUUCUAUUUCAUAUUUCAGCGAGGACGAUGACGACUUCGAAGACCUCCCGGAUUUUACAGAAGACACCAGCGCUGAAGGGGUUGACCUGUUCGAUUAUCCGGACGAGUCAGUCCAGCAGAUGCCAGAUUACGAUUUUGCCACUGUUCACAAAAAGCCCAUUCCAUUCAACACAAUACGCACUAACUGCUGGAUUCCUGGCAAAGACAUUGAGGUCAAGGUGAUUGCAGCCGAGCGGGUGGAUGCCACCACGAAACUGUUCAACCCAAAUCUGUACACAGUUCAGAUUAAGCAUGGUACGUUCCAGUGGACAGUGCGGCGAAGAUACAAGCACUUUGCCAAUCUCUAUCAACAUUUACGACUCUUUCUGAUGAAACACAAAUUUCCAGUCCCUUCACGAGCAUCUGUCCUGUCAAAACUGUACACCUGGAGUCACAGACGAAGGAGACAGUCACUCAAGGGAACGCGAAAAGUGCCGCGAUUUCCGAAGAAGCCAGAUAUCAUGGUCCGCACUGAAAAAGAUUAUGAUAAACGAAAGCGCCAUCUAGAGGACUUUCUGCAGGCUCUAGUCAACAUAAGUGUAUACAGAAAUCACAUAGAAACCUUGAAGUUUUUUGAGGUCAGCCAUUUGUCUUUCAUUGGGAAACUUGGCCAAAAGCGGAAGGAGGGGAUGGUAAUGAAAUGUUCCGGGGGCAGACACAUCAGUAUAGGCUGUUGUGGGUGUUUAGGGAAAUUCCACUUAGCUGGCAGGUGGAAGAAAAGGUGGCUGUUUCUGAAGGACUCCUUUCUUGCCUAUGUCCGCCCCAGAGACGGAAUCAUCUGUGAUGUCAUGCUAAUGGACAAGGAUUUUUGUGUGGAGAAUGGAUUCGGGUUAACUGGAGCUAAGCAUGGUCUACAGAUUGUAAAUCUAAAUAGGUGUCUGUUAGCAAAAUGCUGGACUGGACGCAAAGCUGAUGAAUGGCAGACAUCCAUUGAGGAAGUAGCUAACACAACUGCCAAGGAUUACACAGCUGUCGCUAGGUUUGAGGCAUUCUCUCCUGUGCGAGAGAAGAGUUACGCAAAAUGGUUUAUAGAUGGGGACAGUUAUUUCUCUGCUGUAGCUGAUGCACUGGAGGAAGCUCAGGAAGAAAUCUUUAUAUCUGACUGGUGGCUCAGUCCAGAGAUUUAUAUGAAGAGACCAAUUACAGAGGGCAACAAGUGGCGAUUGGACAGCAUACUCCAGCGAAAAGCCAAACAAGGAGUCAAGAUAUUUGUGCUGCUGUAUAAGGAGAUGUCAAUAGCUGUCAAUCUACUGAGUACCUAUAGUAAACACACUCUGAUAAACCUGUAUCCAGAAAAUAUCAAGGUUCUCCGUCACCCAGACCACAGACCGGGUGGGGUUCUCCUGUGGGCCCACCAUGAGAAGAUUGUGGCCAUUGACCAGAAGGUGGCUUUCCUUGGGGGCCUGGACCUGUGCUAUGGACGGUGGGACAACCACACCCACCCACUCACUGACCUAGGGAGCAUAACCUAUGGCAUGGUCACUCAAAAUCCAUCCAGUCAACAAGCUCCAGAAUCAAAUGACCAUAUUUUCAACUUCAGUGAUUUUCCAACAAGUGUGAAUAGUGGUGCAAGUGGAGAAAAUUCUCAAGAUUUGAAUGGCAUUACUCUAAAUAUAACUCCACCUAGUCCAAAACUAGACAAGUGCAACAGUGACCCAGAAUGUGUGUGUGGUCGGGAAAGGUCGGCAACACACAACAGUGACAAAAGCUACGACAACCAAUCACUGGAGGCGGAUGAUGAAUCUCAUAAUCUGAUUGGCUCUGGAAGUCAAAAUCAGACGGUUGUCACAGCAACAAUACAUGGAAGUCCAUCAAAAAAUGAGACCUUACCUCAAAAAGUUGGUAGCAUAGAUGAAGAGAGCAAAUCUAGAGAUGGACCCUCUGUUGCGGAAGAUAAAGAACAAGAGAUCGAGGAAUCGGACACAGAGUCUGUGAAAGACAUGAAACGUAGCUUUGGUUCAAGGCCAAAGUUGCAAAGAAUGGAAUCUACUACAGAGCAUGCCCUGAAAUACAUGGACCAAGUUUCAGAUGAAGAUACUGUUCCAGUUGUGGUACAUAGCGAGGAACAACCAAAGGAUGUCUUUUCUAUGAGUGCUAAAGAAGUUCAGGAGUCAAUACACAGAAAAAGUGGAAAGGCAAAAGGGGAAAAGAGUCAGGUGCAGUUUGCUGGUGUGGAGAAGGAACCUGUGUUUGAUAAAAUAGAACAACUGGAGGAUGAAAACGUGGAGAUAAGGAGUUAUCAGAAACUGGACGAUGGAAAUCAAGGAAGCUUAAGAAACGGUAAGAGAGUAGCAAGUGAUUCGGGGAUAUUAAGUAACCGAAAAAGUCUCAGUGUCAAAGAAAAAGCGUCGGAACCACAUCAAGUAAAUUCAGACCACACAGCUGGAUCAAAGCGGGAGAGUUGGGCUAUUAGAAAACUGCGCCGUUCAUUAAGUCAUGGACACGAGCGGAAUAACAACCUGAAUAUUAAUACGGAGGAACAUGCCGGGGACGACGACGGGCCGUACUCUCCGACCACAACGGCAUUACAUCGAUGGAAGAUGGUACUUAACGUCCAGAAGUUCCAGUCCGCCAUCAAGCAACAACAGCAAGAACCGGUGCCCUUGCCCAAGGAAAAGGAAAAGAGGCCUGUGACACCUAAAAUCAGUAAACUGUUUCAUUUGGACAGAUCUAGCAGUGACAGUUCAACUGGUAUGAAGGACAGCCUAGAAAAACCAGCACUUAUUCAGAGGACCAAGAGUGAAAUCGCCAUUGAUGAGCUUGGUCUGAAAGGGUCUUCCAAACUGUGGAUCGGCAAGGACUAUUGCAAUAAUAUCCACAAAGACUUUGUGGACCUCAAUGCUCCAUUUGAAGAUUUUAUUGACCGACAUACAACACCAAGAAUGCCUUGGCAUGAUAUUGGAGCUGUAGUUUAUGGGAAAUCUGCCAGAGAUGUUUCAAGGCAUUUCAUUGGUAGAUGGAAUAUCACAAAGCAAGAAAAAUGCAAAAACAACAAGGACUACCCUUUACUGUUGCCCAAAGCGUACACUGCUAACAACACUCUCCCUGCCUCCAUAACUGGGUCAUGUUAUGAGGUCAAAUCCCAGAUUCUGCGUAGUCUCAGUGGAUGGUCAGGGGGUAUAAGGACAACAGAGUGCUCCAUACAGGAUGCCUACCUACAUUGCAUAGAAAGUGCCAAACAUUACAUCUAUAUAGAGAAUCAGUUCUUCAUUACCCGAGUUGGGGACAAAUCUGUGAUAAAAAACAAAAUAGGGGAUGCUUUGUUCAACAGAAUUUUGAGAGCUCAUAGGAAUGGAGAGAAUUUUCGAGUGUAUGUUGUGAUGCCUUUACUGCCGGCCUUUGAGGGGGACAUUGGAGGGGACGGGGGGUACACCAUCAGGACGGUCACCCACUAUACCUACACCUCAAUCUCCAAGGGACCCUUCUCCCUGUGGGGGAAGCUGGCAAAAGAAGUGUUGGAUCCUCUGAAGUACAUUGUGUUCUGUGGAUUGAGAAAUUACGAUGAGCUUUCUUCUAAACCAGUGACUGAACUGGUCUAUGUUCAUAGUAAGCUGCUGAUCGUCGAUGAUGACACGGCUAUCAUUGGAUCGGCCAACAUCAACGACCGGAGUCUUCUUGGCGACAGAGACAGUGAGAUCGCUGUCAUGGUUCAGGACAUCCACAAGACGGAGACAAAGUUUGCUGGCGUCUCCCACCUGGUGGGGAGAUUCGCUACUUCUCUCCGUAAAUCAUUGUUCAGUGAACAUUUAGGAAUUCCUGUGGGGGACCCCAUUCUAGAUGACCCUGUCUGUGAUACCUUCUAUAAAAAUGUGUUCUUGAGACGUGCCACUGUCAACACCAAUGUCUUUCAAAAGGUGUUCAACUGCAUUCCCUCUGACUUGGUGUUGAGUUUUGCUGAGCUGAAUCAACACACAUCAGAAAAAACAAUGGCUGAAACAGAGCCCGAACAGGCUCGCAAAGAAUUAAAAAAAGUCCAGGGUCAAAUAGUGCUUCUACCAUUGCACUUUAUGGAAAAUGAGAGCAGUAUUAUUCCAACAAUGGGAAAGGAGAUGUUCCUUCCUGUGGAUGUUUGGAUAUAAGACUGACCUAGUAUAAAAGGAAAAAUAUUUAAAUGAAUCAAGAUUGCAGCUGGGCUGUCUCUGAGAGAGAGAGAGAGAGAGAGAGUUCUGAAAAAUUAAAAUGCAUAUAUCAAUACAAUCCUAUGUUUGGUCACAGAUAUAGGAAUUAUUAAGGCUUGGCAACUAAUUUUUGUAAUUGUCUAGUCAGUGUUUUUUUAAAUGAUUAAGAUCAUUUUCAUACAUUUAUUUACUGUAUGUAAGAAUAUUUAUUAACCAAUAAUUCAUCAUAUCUGUUUAUCAAGUUAAGCCAAAGUGCAAAUUAACAUGCAUAAAAUGAUGAACAAUUUUUUAAAUUUCAAAAUUAGGUCUGUUUAUAUUUCUUCCUUUUUUUGCUAGGGAAAUUAACAGAUUUCAGAAGGAGAAAAAUAAACUUGGAGUUCUACCCAAUAAUAACUUGUUUCUGAAUUGCUUUGUGUCAUUCAAGUUUUUUGAAUGACACGCUAAUAUUUUAAAAAUAUUUUACUUGUUAUUUUAAUUUGUUUGUUAAUGAAUGCUGUUAACCUGUUUGCACCAUGCCAUGGGUUUAAGACCCUCGGACCAGAAAAAUAUUUAGGCUUUUAUUUUUAUUAUCUGUUGAUCUAUGCACUACAUGUAUUCCUUGUAACCCAGAAAACAAACCUCAGGUAUUUAUUAGUUCAGAGAGAGAGAGAGAGAGAGAGAGAGAGAGAGAGAAUUUUGUUUAGGAAUACAUGUACUUGGUACACAUUAGGAAUGUGUUCAAAUUGAUUCUAUCUAGUGUUCUUGCUUUAUAAUUAAUAUAUAUACAUGUACACACUACUGAAAAAUGCACAUAGUUAUGCAUUUUAACCAAAAUAUUUCAGUAGUGGUUUUCAUCACUGUCUGAGGGAAAGGGGGUUAAAAAAUUCGAGAACAGAGGGAGCAUUUUUCUAUGCUGGUGGUUUUUUAAAUUUAGUUCAUGGGGAAUGGUGCUUAAAAUAUGCAUACUCAGAGAUUUCUUGUAUUAAUAUUUUAUCUUACAUGUAGAGACAAGUAGAACAUUCCAGUUAUCAUAUUAUUGUGACCAUGUACAGUGUAUAGGGCCAUUCCACAUUCUUUUUUAACUGUAGACUGCAGUGGGGGAUACAUGAUAUGAUAUGAUUACAUGUAUUAUUAUGCUAUGCCACAAUGCUCAGCGUGCUCUCUCCAUUGUACAAUGUACAUGUAUUACCGGUAUGUUCUUGUAACUUCUGUAAACUUGUUGGUAUUGACACCUUUAAGAAAGUUAAUAUACCUGGUAAUUAAAAAUUUUCCUGGUUCUACAUAUGACACUAGAUUAGAGUAUGCCUCAAAUGCCUCAAAUGAUUUAUUAACAUUACAUGUACAUGUAUACUGUCCAUGUUUAUCAUCAAAGAAACCAUUUACUUUGAGUUUAUUGAAUUAAAAAAAAAAGAUAACUAAAUGUGAACUUUAAUUGUACAAGGUCAUUUAAAUUAAUGUGCGUUGUGUUAGACAAAAUGUGGCAUUUGAUUCCUUAAUUAUUUUUUUUUCAUGACUUUAAAAAAGGGCAUAUUUAUCUUUUCUCUUGAAUACCUAGACUGUUAUGAAAUUGAGAGUACAUUUUCAUUGUUUGUGAAAUGACACAUACUGUUGAUGCUGCGAACAAGAAAUAUAUACAGUGUAUGAAGUACAUGUAUUAGGAGUACAUUUUGAAAAGUAAAAAAUGUGUAAUGUACAUUAUGUUCAAUUAUAACUCUGUAUACAAUGUAUUAACAUCUAGUAUACAUAGUGGUAAAAUAAUUUUUUUUUCUAAUAUAGACAAAUUAUCAGACAUUAAAUACAUUUACAUGUAUUUUUAUACAUGUUUAAAAUUAAAAUUGAUUAUGUAUCUAACAUAUACACUUUUACUUAAAAUCAACUAUGGCUUCAAAGUUUAUUUAAACUCUUGAUUUUUAUUAAUUUUCCUCCUUACAUGGUUAGAGCCGGGUAAAACAUGUACUGUGGUUGUCAGCUGGGAAUAAUGUUUUUUUUAAUGAGAAGCUUUAUAAAAAGCUUCUUUUAUAACGAACUGGUGAAUUUUCAUCUAUGCAGGGUAAACACAUGUAUUGUUCAAUACUUCAGUAGCAAAUUCCAAUACCAAAGAUUGUAUUACAUGUACAUACAUUGUGUGUGUUUGUUGAACAGAAAUCAUGCGUGAUCAAAAUGUGAAUGAAUUGUGGUGUAAAAUUUUUGUUUGGUGUCAUUUUCAGCUAUGCAUGUCCAAAAUCUCAUCAUUUAAAGAACUUUGUAAAACCUCUCAAUUUAUUUAUGAUUUUUUUUUUUUUUUUUACAAACUCUUGUUAAAUUAAAAAUUAGGGACAUACAUAUACUAGAAUAUAACAGUAACUGUCCCUGAUUUAAUGCAGUCUUUUUACUUUCAUGUAAUAUAUGGUUUCAAAAAUAUGUCAGUUUUUGAUACAUUCUCUUUGGAUUAUACUGACUUCACAAGAUUUUUCUUGAAGAUGAUAUCUGCCAAGAAGCCUUCUUCACCAGUGUGAACAUGAAAUCAAUUUGUUAAGUAGAUAAGAUAUGAAUAGUCUAUGCCAGUGUAUAUGACAACAGUUUAUGACAGCGAUUUGCUCAAGUUUCGCAGUAUUGUGCCAUGUUUGGAGGUAGUAAGAAAUCGAAAUAAUGUUUAAAACAUUGGGUGGCAUAUUACGAUAUGUUUUAUAUCAUGAUAUGAGUAAAUUAGACUUUUUUUCUGAUUUAUGGUGAAUUUUCUUAUAUUUUCUAAUUUUUAGUAGCCUACACUUUUUAACAUUAAUUUAAUUCAAACUUCUUUUUAAAACAACCAUCCUGUUUAAAUACAUGUAUUGAUAUUUUUACUCGUAUAUUACACAUUUUCAAAAUCAUGUACCGUAUCUCAAUUAUGUGGGUUAUUUUUAUUUGAAAGGGGAAAAGACUUAAAAGUAUAAUGCUAGUACAUGUCAUAGAAGUUAUAUUUAUAUUAUAUCUUGGGGAUAUUUUGGGUGUAAACAUAGGAACGAGGCUCUCUGUACUCCUUGCCUCUCUGUUGAUCUCACUUCACAUACAUAUCACUGUACUACAUGUAUGUAGUCCGAAGUAUCUAACAUUUUCCUGGCUUUUUUAACAAUUUUGAUAUUUUUAAAACAUGCCAGGAAAACCUGGCAAAUAAAAUAUCAAAAUCGUUAAAAAAGCCAGGAAAAUGUCACACAUUUCGGACUAUGUACUACGUUACUUGUGUUUGUACCUAUACAUAAAUGUACAUUUCCUCUUUUAACUAAAACAAUGCUUAUUUUCCAUUAUGUAAAAAUUAAUACAUGUAUUCAAAAGCAUGUUUAAUUCUUAAGAAUUGUUUUGUUGUUAAAAUAUUUUUCUGAAGUUAUACAUGUAUUUGUAUGGUCACAAUUUCCUCAUACUGAUCAUUUCAAGUAUGCUAUACAUGAUUAUUAAUUUCUCCGACGUUUUGCCAGUUUUCAUUUAUAUUAUGUCUAUUUAUCGACUGGGUCUUAUUUGAAUAAAUAAAAUCUAAAUAACACGAA